AUGCUACCCAGCGCCUGCGAGACCCAUGUGGGACUCGCGACUAAAGACACAUUAAGUCUACUCCGAGCGUGGAAGGCGGAGGGCACUCCAGCAAGCCCACGUCGGGCUGGUAGGGUGGUGUCAAAACCCACCAAGAUCGUCACGACCAACCAAACUCCACAAGCCGCCGACGGUUGGGGAGCAGGGUCGGAAGCCGACCCUGUCCCUCGGGGGACGCUUUCCUGGACACACAGACCUCACUCGGCGUGCUCUUUUUCGACCGUGAUCUCGACCAGGUAUAUGAAAUCGAUCCACAAGAGGCCGCAGACAGCCCGUCAACAUUCUGUCUGGGGAACCUUAUGA